CUGGUAAACAAGUACGACAGAUUGCUUACGUGCAUACAUCCGUUCAGUUGCUGUGUGUGAGGCGUUUUCCAACAGAUGUUUUGUCUAUUCGGACAACUACUCGGACAACUACUCUGUCUACUAGGAUAACUGUUUCAUUAACACAUAGCAGAAAGUGGGGUAUUGAAAAUAUUACCACAUGUGGAUGCUUCGUGCCCGGAACUGAAAAACAUAUUUAUUCGGCAACUGCCAACUAUUUUUCAUUUAAAAUUAAGCAUUGGAAAGCUGAGCAAUCUCAUUUCAUAUUUGGUCUUCUCAGUGCAAAUACUGAUCCUGUCAGGUUAAAGCAGUUAGUAGAAUCAUCAAAAUGGAUUACUCUCUCGGUUUAAUGAAAGUGACAAUCCUUUGUGUUUUGGCAGGGCAAGUGGUAGGGCUCCGCAGAGGAAAUUUUGUCACUUUUACAGCCAUGAAAGAUACGCACGUCUUGGCCAAUCCCGAAAAAGGGUUCUAUCACGGUUACGAGACUUAUUUUUCCAAGUUUCAAGCAAUGAGUCUUUCUACCUUACGACAAUGGUGGACUAACGAUAAUGUGACCCUCGUCCACAACAAUUACGUCUUGGACACGUUUGUUACGACCAAUGUAACCUCCACCCUUUUAACAACUCUGACCAACGAUUUCACGACCCUGCGUUCGGCUGGACUGAAAAGCGUCGUUCGCUUUAGUUAUACUUUAACCAGCGGUAACAUGAACGACGCAGUUCUUAGUCAACUGCUUAACCACAUCGACCAGCUGAAACCGUUUUUUCAGGCAAAUGGUGAUGUCAUCGCCACAGUUCAGGCAGGUUUCGUUGGCACUUGGGGUGAAUGGUAUUAUUCCAAAAAUUAUGCUACUCCGAUGGAUGGCGGGGCAUGGUACGCUCCUACCGCUGCCCAACAGACAAAUCGAAAUACGAUAUUAAGAGCUUUACUGAAAGCAGUUCCGACUAGUCGGAUGGUACAACUCCGCACUCCUUCCUACAAACAGGCAUUCUGUGGUACGGCUAAUCUGGCCACGUCUAGAGCAUUCAAAGCCUCAAAUAUGUGCGCAAGAAUAGGUAUACAUAACGACUGCUUCAUGGCAUCCUACCAAGACCAAGGCACAUUUAAAACUGAUGCACAAAGAACGUGGCUAACCAACGAGGGCCGUUAUGCUAUUGUUGGCGGAGAAUCAUGCGAAUCAAACAGUCAAACCGGGUGCGCCGGUGGUGUGGAUCAAAUUACUAAACAAAGAUUUAGUUACCUUAACGUCGAGUACCACCCAACCGUAAUCCAAGGCUGGAAAACAUCGGGCUGCUAUAAUCAGAUUGCCAAUUUAAUGGGCUAUCGUUUUGAGUUGAUAAACGGAACCUUUCCAUCAACGAUUAUCAGAGGGCAGGCUUACUCUGCCACGCUUAAUCUCAAAAACACUGGAGUAGCGCCACUUUACAAUCCUCGCCCUGUUCAAGUUAUUCUGAGAAACAAAGCGACCCAGGCUUUGACAACUUUCGCCCAGCCUAUCAACCCUCGCACCUGGUCUCCAGGUUUAUCAGUGACCAUCUCCUUGUCAUUCAAUUUGCCAUCCACACAAGCCGUGGGAUCUUAUGAUGUUAUUUUGAAUCUCCCGGACGCCUCUUCGUCUCUGUCGAGCAAUCCGAAGUAUCGCAUACUGUUUUCCAACACGAAUGGUGUGCAGGAAGCUACGACCCGUUUUAACAUUAUUAGUCAGCUGACUGUGCAAUAGCACAAUUAGAAGUCGUAUUGCGGAUGCUUUAUUUCUGCAAUCUUACAGUAAAAGGGAGCCUUGGAUCUGAAGAAAUAUCCUUGUUUGGCAAAAAUUUCCAUAAACUGCUUUAUGGCUAGUGAAGUAAUUAGAUAUUUUAGGGU